AUGGCGACCAAAGAUACCAUGAACGCUGUUGUCUUCAAAGGCCCGCGUAAGAUCGUCCUUGAACAACGGCCGGUCCCAAAGGUCCAGGAUCCCCAAGAUAUCAUUGUCAAGGUCUCAUACACCGCAUUAUGUGGAAGCGAGCUUCAUGUAUAUCGUGGCCACCAGCCCUCAGGAGUCGACUUUAUCAUGGGCCAUGAAUUUACAGGCACUGUCAUCGAGGCCGGUAGUGAUGUUAAGACCGUAAAGGUUGGAGAUACAAUUGUUAGCCCUUUUACUACAUCAUGCGGAGAAUGCUUUUAUUGCAAAUCAGGCUUCUCAUCCCGAUGUGUGAAAAGCUUGCUCUUAGGCUGUCCAGCCCUAGACGGUGGCCAGGCCGAAUAUGUACGCAUGCCGCUAGCUGAUGGCUCCGUAAUGAAAGCUCCAGAGGGAAUCAAUGAACAUUGCAUAGUGCUAAUGGCGGAUAUCUUCCCAACUGGAUAUUUUGCAGCACAAAAUGGCUUUAAGCAUUUCACCAAGGAGCAAAUCUCAGAGUUAACGGUGGUCGUAAUGGGAUGUGGCCCCGUAGGGCUCUGUGCUAUUAUCAAUGCUGAAGACUAUAAGCCCAAAAACCUGCUGGCUGUCGAUUCGGUGCCCUCACGCCUGGACCUUGCCAGGUCUCUUGGAGCAGAGCCUUGGAACUUCCGGACCGAUCGAGAAGGCUUAGAGAAACGGGUCAAAGAGCUGACUGAUGGGCGUGGAGCUGACCUUGUGAUUGAAGUGGUAGGCUCAAGCCCGGCUCUCAAGAUGGGCUUUGAUCUCCUGCGGCCUUGGGGAGUGAUCAGUAGUGUUGGUGUUCACAAUGGAGAGAUCCCCUGGAAUGGAAAUCAAGCCUAUGGAAAGAAUCUUACAAUUCAAAUGGGACGAUGCCCCGUGAGGUCGAUUUUCCCCGAAGCUCUCGCGAUGCUGGAGAAGAAACAGCACCUGCUUGGAUUCAUGGCGGACAAGAUCAUGCCUCUCACUCAAGCCGUCGAGGGAUACGAUAUUUUCGACAAGAUGCAGGUUCAGAAGGUGAUUUUCAAGGCUGAUGAAUAA